AUGGGCCAACCCCCUCCUGGUGCGGCUAGCUUCAUCGAACCUGACGAUUUGAGGACCAAAUUUGCAUUGGCAAUGUCGGCGAUGUAUCAGAAAGUAGUCCCGCUGUAUGGCAACUUACUCGAUAUUGUGCGCCGUGUCAAUCAAGAUGUCCUCCGGAAAAAGGAAGAAGACCUCACUUUGGACACGAUCACUAUCAGGGCCAGUGCCGAAAGGCUCACGCUUGAACGCCAUGGUGCCAUCAGGCUAGGCACCCCCCACGAGCUUCGAACAGUGAAGCGUAUCUUUGCUAUUUUGGGAAUGCAUCCGGUUGGGUACUACGAUCUAUCCGUCGCCGGUUUGCCCAUGCAUGCCACAUGCUUUCGCCCCACAAGCGUACAAAGCCUCCAUCGGAACCCGUUCCUUGUCUUCACGACCAUGCUUCGUCCAGAAAUCCUCGCCGCCGAAGACGCACGCCAGCUCUCGUGGGAACUGCUUCAGAAAAGAAACAAAUCCACGGCCAAGCUCAGUAGAGUUCUCGACACUGCCGAGUCCCAGAAUGAGGCCUUGCAAACCUUCAGCCGACAGGCAGUGGUUGCCGCUACCUUCGACCACGCCCAUGUCAACCACCUCACACCUCGGACCUUGGGCAUUUCGGUCGUCCAGGCUGCUAUGAGGGAGGCGGACAUGGCUGUCAAGGCACGCAUCGAAGGGCCGGCCAUUCGCCAGUGUCCCAUUCUCCUGCGCCAGACUAGUUUUCUGGCUCUUGAAGAAUACGUCCACUUCAGGCAAAGCGAUAGUACUGACCUGGGCUUGGCUUCGACUGAGCCCGAACUGAUCAAGGCCGGCUAUAAGGCUCGGUUCGGGGAAGUUGAGGAGCGGGGUGCCGCGGCCAUAGCACUGGCGGCGAAUGCUGAACCUGAGCAGGCUAAUAUAAUCGCAGAAGAUGUUUUCAAGCAAUAUUCUGACACUUGGACUGAAUUGAGGAGCAAGGAAUUGAUACAUAGCGAAUAUUUCUGCAUCGGUAAAGCACCCCCGGGUGAGGCUGGCCAGCAACUCGAUGCACUCGCUCUUGAGCGUCUCAUUGCACAGAGUGUUAUAGAGGCACGUCCAAUCACUUACGAAGAUUUCCUCCCAUUUUCGACGGCUGGUAUUUUCCAGUCCAACAUUCAGUCUCGAAACAAAGAUGGACGGCCGCUACAGAUGAAACAUCCUGAACCGGACCUGCUCGGUUUCGUGGAAGCACUAGAAGAAGAGCCUGUAAAUAUUCAAAGCUGGGAAUAUCAUAGGAUAUCAUCCACGGGCGAUCGACUCCCACAUUGA